AUGAUUGCUGCAAAGUCUGAUGGAGGAUUGUGUUUUCGUAGCUUACAUGACUUUAAUCUUGCUAUGCUUGCCAAGCAAGGUUGGCGUCUCUUGUGCAAUCCUGAUUCCCUUGCGGGAAAAAUCUACAAAGCUAGAUAUUAUCCUCAGUCGGACUUCAUUUCUGCUGAUUUUGGUAACAAUCCUAGCUUUGUUUGGCGAAGCAUUUGGAGCUCUCAAGAGCUGUUGCGUUCUGGAAUUCGGAGAACAAUUGGAUCUGGUACAAAUGUUAAUAUUCUUAACCAUCCAUGGCUUCCCAAUUUGAAGAAUCCUUAUGUUUCAAUGCAUCAUCCUGGGUUAGUAAAUAAAUAUGUUGAUUCUCUCUUUCUAACCGAGACUAGAGCUUGGGAUGUGGACAUUGUCAGAGACAUGUUUACUGCCUCAGAUGCUGCUGCAAUUUUAGGAAUUCCCCUCAGUCAAAAUGCAAACUGUGAUUCUUGGUCUUGGAUGUAUGAGAAUACUGAGGAGUUUUCGGCUGCUGCAAACACCCUUCCCACUUGUGUGAACCUUGUCAUCAAGCAUGUUGAAGUUGCUAUGGUAUGUCCUGUGUGCACAUCUCAGCCCGAAACAACAUCUCAUGCUCUUAUUUUCUGCAACUUUGCUCUUGCCUGCUGGAGAAAGGUUGGAGUUUCUUUUGUCUUUGAUCCUGGUGGCCAUUUUCGAAGUUGGUUGGAGCUUAUCUUUACCACGGCCACUGCAGAACAAGUGAGUACAGUUGCCAUGGUCUGCUGGACUCUUUGGAAAGCUAGGAGCAACACGGUUUGGAAAGGUAAAAAUACAUCUGUUUUGAAUGUCAUUGUAUCAGCCACGGUUGCACUUGAUCAUUGGAGGAAAGCUCAGGACAAGAACUCACUAUCAUCGUUAUGUUUCAGCAAUAAGGAUGAUGGUGCUGAGCGUUGGACUAAAUCCGACAUGGAUAUAAUCAAGUUAAAUGUUGAUGCAGCGAUUCUUGAAAGAGAAGAGCAAUAUGGCUUCGGUAUUGUGGCUCGUGACCAUUUUGGCAGCUGUUUAGAGGCUCGGACAGGCAGUUUUGGUGGAGUCUACCCUGCUGCAGUCAUAGAAGCUUUGGGCAUCAAGGAGGCACUUAGUUGGAUCAAAGCUAAAAAUUGGUCUCAUGUUGUGAUUGAAACGGAUAUCUUAGUUGUGGUCCAAGCGGUGCGUAGCUCACAAACACUAGGGUCUACUUUCGGCUUGAUUAUUCAAGACUAUCGUCUUGCUUUAUUAUCUUUGCCUAAUGUCCACUUAUAUUUUGUUAAACGAUCUGCAAAUCGUGCUGCACAUUAUGUUGCUAGGCAGUCUCGAUUUUAUGCUGGUUGUAGCGUUUCUGAAUUCCCAAUUACCUCUGAACUUCAGGAUAUUUUGUAUUCAGAAAGCUAG